UAGACUGUAGGGAAGUAUAAAUACAGGCAAGCAGUGAAGAUAAGCCUUGUGGCCUGGCACAAGCUGCAAUAAGGAUUUAUAAGAGCAUUACCUGCGAUUAUGUUGCUAAAACCUGAACAAAUCAUGUGGUCUCCACUGUUGUUUGGAAUCAUUUUCAAUUUCUUGUCGGAGACCAUCGUCGAAGGGAAACAUUUGGGAUGCUACCAUGAAUGUGAACAUGGGUUCAACAAAGUCCAUCAAAAGUUGCUUCGCGCCUUGCGUGCAACCAACAAACACGCGCCUCUGCCGCCUGUUAAUCAUGCAGCAGACACCUGUCCGGAUUUCUUGAGCGAGCUGACGCGUCAUGAGCCGUCUUCACUGGGGCACAAUAAGCGCUCACUUGCCCCCUGGCGGAUAAGAACUGUGCAUAAGCCAGACAUGUUGCCCCCAACAUAUGAAGAAGCAGAGUGUUUGUGUGAAGGAUGCAUCAUUAACGGCACUGAAGACAGGACCUACAACUCUGUGCCUGUGAUGGAAAAUCGAUUAUUUCUGAAAAAGGUCAAGUGUCCGUUUGACCAGAACAAAUACUCAUUAGAGUAUGAAUAUGUGAAAGUAACUGUGGCCUGUACCUGUGUGGUCCCUAAGCAUUGA